UGUCUGGGUCGCAACCAUCGUUUCCCAAGAUUUCAAUUACGCUCCUAGCAGUGUGACAGAUCCACACUAAAAUCAAGCCAGCUCCCCCUGCUCCCUAGCCACAAAACCCCAGGUAUUCUCGACCGCACUCCUGGUGCUGGUCUUCUCAUAGCAUUGCCAUUAAUGCACAAACAGAAAACAUCCAAUCCCAAGGGCUGCCAAAUUUGGUACACCGCGAGGCAUCUCAAGUGUCCUGCUGCUGGCUGUGGGGGCGUGAUCUCGCGCCGCCCGGCUCAGACCGAGAGAGGUUAUGGACACACACACACCCCUGGAGGUCGGAGUCAGCCUGCCCGGCGGCCCAAAAUGAUAGCUCACCCACAGGAGGGUGCGAGACAAGAUAUGGCUUACCUUACCUGGAACAAUGCCACCCCCAUCGUGCAAAAAGAAAACUAACUGGUGUGUCGGAAAACUAAGAACCGAACGCACAAGGUGGAUUGGCCAAGGGUCGAAGAUUGUGUGGCUGACACUUCUACCCUGCCCACUCCCAGGGGGGGAGGGGGGCCACAUCUGUGCCUCAUGACACCCAUUGUAGCAUUCCUCUCUUACGCACAGGCAUCCGUGCUCGUCGUCAGGGAUGUGGCACCACAAAGUAGCUGCCAGGCAUGCCUGGGCCUGGCUCUUUCUUCCCGUUGACGCCGGCUGUCGCCGCCGGGUUGUUUGAACUCCCAUCAGCAGUUGUCUGCUGGUGUCAACUGAACAACUGCUGGUCUCAUGGACAAUAGCACUCAUGCUAUUUCGUCCGGAGCCGAAGCGACAUAGAUAGGGUCCUUGGCCUGGACAGGGACUACGUCCGAAUGAUGAUUUUCCCGGCGCCCACAUGGGGUCAAGGGCCCUUGGUGUCAAACGCAACACCACCGCCUUCCGCCCCCUUCCUUUUUCUGUCUGAAGUACUACGCAAGCCACUAGACGACCGGAUGAGAGCACUUCCUUUCUCUUGCGAAACCCUCUCUCGGUCCCCAAAGGUCAAGACUGACUCGGUGGUACAAACGUUGGCGGCCCACCGUGAACAUGUUCGUCUUGAUGUUUGCUUGAAAGAGGCCGGUCCAUCCCACCACUCCACUCCUCCGCCGGCCGUUUUCUUUCCUCUAGAAGAACUCGCCACUUUUCUUCCCUUCUUCUCGAAAACCUUCCCAGCUGCCCGCACCGAGUCCUUUCCCCGCUCGGCGAAGGUAGCUGGCCGGUCCAUCAUCAACCCAAAACGACAAUGUUCUUCCCUCUGUCCACCCUGCAGAACUGGCCCACGCCCAACUAUGUCAACCCCGAGAGGAGAGGACCGGCGGCCACCAUCAUCCUCUCCGUGCUGCUUGGGCUCGUCACGCUCAUCCUCAUCAUCCGCAUAUACACCCGCGUGCGGAUAUCUCGGGGCUUUGGGCUGGAUGACGUGCUUAUAAUGUUCGCCUAUAUACCAACGGCGGCGUUUGCUGUGCUCUCAUUCUUCGCCAUGACGAAAUUCGGCUGGGGUACUCACAUAUGGGAUAUCCCCCCAGAGUCGACCAAGCAGAGCUUGCAGUUCAGCCUGGCAAACCAGCUAUUGUUUGACGUCUCAACAUCAUUGACUAAGCUGUCAAUGCUGUCCCUCAUUUACCGAGUGGUAGCCGUGGAGAAGAGCCGCUACAGAUACGUUGUACUAGCGCUGGCAGCCAUUGUCUUCUCAGACAGCCUGAUUUUCUUCUUCAUCACCACCUUUCAAUGCCGGCCAGUCUCAGACUACUGGACGCUUUCAUUCGCCCCCCAGAACUGCAUCAACGAAGAACGACACCUGCUGGCUGCUGGAUGUAUCAACACCGUCACUGACUUCCUCAUCGUCAUACUCCCAAUGCCAUAUGUAGCCCGGCUCAAGCUGCCAAGGAAGCAACAAAUUAUUAUUGUCAGCCUCUUUACGGGUGGUCUUUUUGUCACAGCAGCAGGCGCCGUGAGGACCUACAUAUUUCACAUCACGCUCACGGAUCCCGCUCGGGACUUGACAUGGAAUUCAUACGUUAUCAUUCUUGUCAGCGCACUUGAGCUAUACAUUGGCAUUAUCUGCGCCUCCAUACCCGCCAUCAAACCCUUCGUCGCCCGCUACCUCCCAAUCAUGCUCGAGAACCCGAGGUACUGGCUGUCCAAGCCGGCCGAGAGCCGCAGGGACCCCUUCGACAGGCCGUCAGCAACAGGCAAGGGCCUCGAGCCCGACUUCUGGCUCGUGACCGCGAGGGACUCGAAAGCGACCUUCAACGACGUCGAGUCGGCCUCGGGCCUGGUCAUGCAGAUGCAGCCCCGGCCGCCCAUGCCGGGCAUGCCCACGCCGACCCGGCCGCCGCGCACAGUCUCGACCCUGAAGGCGGGCAAGGCCCUGUCCGCCAUCACCACCGCCACCACCGCCACCACAUCUACCGCCGUCGACGACGAUCACCUCUCGGUGGCCUCGGCCGCGUCCGCGGUCCCGCCCCCACUCAACGUCGUCAAGAGCCCGCGCCACAGCACGGCCAGCUCGAGGCCCCUGGACCUCAACAAGCCGCUGCCCCGGAUCGGCACGGCCGUGCUGGACGCGAGCUUCGCGAGCGAGGCGCAGAAGCACAUGAGCAGCAUUUAUCAGUUUAUCCCGCACGAGGACGGGCACAUCAGCGUACACAAGGCGCGCAAGAGCGCAUUCGGUAAUGGGUGAAAAAAGUAAAAGAGCAAGAGCGCAAGAUACCCGUUUAUUUAAUUCAUAUGGGCGAUCAAAAUUCGCAAAAAGGAGGUAUUACACUCUAAAUGCGAUGUCCCGUCAUUCUUGAGAAGCCCUUGUCCUGGAUCAGGACAAGGCAGGACAGACAACUUCCCUCCGUCCCUUGGACCCCCCUAGCCGGACAGGACCGGCGGAGGCAACAAAAGGGGGCGGGGCGGAUGGGAGAGACUGCGGCCGUACAGCAGAUGCUGCGCCGCGUUUCGCGCGGACUCGAUCCGCCAGUGAUGUUCUCUAUGAGUUUCAAUCACUCAGAGAGCCGCCGAGGCUCGGAGAACGAGCGGAGUGCUCUCAGGUCACUGCUGCUGCUUCACAGGCAGUCAGUCGCUACUUGGUGCUCGCGCACCCAUGGAUAGCCAGUCAAGGUUUUAACGGCCUAUUUUCUUCUUCUUGGGUUCAGAUACCUAGAUAGCUUUCAAC